CUUUCUUGCAAAAUAUUCCUUUUGCUAGCCAAUUUCUAUCCUUUCUUAUAUACAAUAAGAGAAGAAGCAAAUUAAGCAUACCUAUACACUGCUAGACAAUGACCAAGCAGAGAAAGGCAAGUCAUCUUCAUGAGGGCGAAGAACAUGCACAGAAGGAAGGCAUGGCUUGGGACCAGGUGAUGGCGGAGGCUGCAGCUCUUGGUGGAGCCUGGAGAACUCGAAAACGAUAUGUUGGUGUCCGCCAGCGGCCUUCAGGACGAUGGGUGGCUGAGAUAAAAGACACUAUACAAAAGAUUAGAGUAUGGUUGGGCACAUAUGAUACUGCUGAGGAAGCUGCAAGAGCUUAUGAUGAAGCUGCUUGCUUGCUUCGUGGAGCUAACACUCGAACUAAUUUCUGGCCUUGCCCUCCUUGUCAUUGCAAGCCAACCCUUCCCUCGAAGAUCACUAAUCUUCUUUUGCAGAGACUCAAAGACAGAAAUAACAAUCUUUCGACGUCGCUGCCUGUUAGCCUACAGAAGCAAGAAACAAGCAAACUAGAAGAAACCCAGUUUGAUAAUUUCUUUGAUCUGCCUGCAGGGGAUUGCGGUAUCUGUGAAAACACUAAUAGUGAUACUGCUAAGAGUGCUAAUAGUGCUACAACUAGCGGUGAUUACAUGAGUGGUUGUUUUGAAUCAAAUUUCUCUAAAACAGAAGAGUUUGAUUGGAGUAAUGCUGAUCAAGAAGGAAGGGAGAAACAGGAAGACGAAGCAGAAGAUAUCAUGGAGCCAUGGCUGACAGAUUUUCCAGUGGAGGAUGUUGCAGGGGGAUCAUCAUCUACUACUUACUGUUCUCCAUUUGACAUAGCACAGGAGAUGAUGGCUAUGGGACCAAUGGAGAAGCAGGAGCACUAUUAUGAGGAUGGCCAAUCAAUGCUGAGAGGUAUCAUGGAGACACUCAACUAUGAACGCAAGUUCUCAGCUUCCCUUUAUGCUUAUAAUGGGGUAUCAGAGUGUUUAAGGCUAACGCUCGGAUCAGCAGGAAUGGCAAAGAGUAAACAUGGGUGUGAUCAAUUACCAUCAAAUCUUGGAAUUAUUAACAUUAAGAAUAACAACGACUGGGAGGAGGAGGAUAAUAAUAAUAAUAAUAAUAAUAAUAAUAAAGAAAAGGAUGGUAAGGAGGAGGUCGAAGAAGUUGGGAUUAUUCCAGCACAAACGCCAACAGAAGUAAUGGGGUCUGAAACUUCCACCGCGGAAGGAUGUGAAUUGUCUCUUUGGAGCUCUCUUGAUCUUCCUCCUAUCUGCUUCAUUGUUUAA